UGGUAGUAUUAUAUUUACAAAUUUUACACUUUGCAUUUUGCGGAAUUCAAUGUUUUACUGUUAUUACAUUUGAGUUAAAGGAAAACAACAAAAUGCACAUCAAAACUAUAGUUUUAGAUGGUUUUAAGUCCUAUGGAAAUCGUGUGGAAGUUACCGGCUUUGAUCCAGAAUUUAAUGCUAUUACUGGAUUAAAUGGGACAGGAAAAUCAAAUAUUCUAGAUUCUAUAUGUUUCGUAUUGGGUAUUACAAAUCUAUCCAAUGUGCGUGCAGGAAGCCUUCAAGAGCUGAUUUAUAAACAUGGGCAAGCCGGUAUUACAAAAGCCACUGUGAGCAUCACAUUUGACAACAGGAAUAAGAGGCAAAGUCCUAUUGGGUAUGAGAACCAUGAUGAGAUCACUGUUACCAGACAGGUUGUAAUGGGUGGUAAGAACAAAUACUUGAUAAAUGGCAUCAAUGUCCAAAACAAGCGAGUGACGGACUUGUUCUGUUCUGUUCAGCUGAAUGUGAACAAUCCCCAUUUCCUCAUCAUGCAGGGCAGGAUCACUAAAGUGCUGAAUAUGAAACCACCUGAGAUAUUGUCAAUGGUGGAAGAAGCGGCAGGCACGAGGAUGUACGAAGCUAAGAAGCAAGCUGCUCAGAAAACUAUUGAGAAGAAAGAUGCCAAGCUGAGGGAGCUCAAUGAUAUAAUAAGGGAGGACAUAGCUCCAAAACUGCAGAAGCUACAGGAUGAGCGAGCCCAGUUCCAAGAGUAUCAGAAGGUGGUUAGGGAGUUAGAAAAUCUUACAAGACUGCAUGUGGCUUGGAAAUAUGUAACAGCAGAAAAGAGCGUCGGUGAAGCGAACAGCAAAGUGACGGAAGUGACAAAUGAAAUCCAAGAGAAGAAAGACAAGAUUCAGAGCAACAUUCAGGAAGCGCAGGAGCUUGAUACACAGGCCACUGACUUGAAUAGACGACUGGAUGAGGAGAGCGGCAGCGUGCUAGCGACACUAGAAAGCGAAGCGGCGAACGCGGAGCGGCGCGAAGCGAGCGCGGGCGCGGCGCAGCGGGCGGCGAAGGACGCGUUAACUGCGCACGAGGCAAAGGCGAGGCUACUGCAGCGGGCGCUCAAUGAUGAUAGAACUGCCUUGGCUGAUAAGCAGGCUGUGCUGCAGCAGGCGUCAUCAACAUUCGAUACCCUCCGUACAGCAAGCGCAGACAGCGAACAGCAGCUGGCGGCAGCGCAAGCCAAGUUCCUCGCAGUUAGCUCCGGCAGGGAAGACGCUGCUUCCUCGUUGCAGGAUCAGCUUAUGGAGGCGAAACAGCAAGCUUCCGAAGCUUCCACACGGAUAUCACAAAGCAUGAUGGAGAAGCGUCAUGCAGAGGAACGGCUCAAGGGCCUGGAACGGGAGUUUAACUCCAGCAGUGCGCAGUACCAACAAGACUUGAAUGUUAUACAGAAGAACGAGGCGGAGGUGGAGAGGCUACAGGCUCAACUGUCGAGCAUGUCGUUCAGCCCGGCGCGCAGCACGCAGCUGCAGCAGCAGCAGCGCACUGCAGCAGCAGAAGUGCGGCGCGCUAGGGACCGCGCCGAGCAGCUCGCGGCGCGGCUGCAGCGCUGCGAGUUCCGCUACGAGCCGCCGGAGCCGCACUUUGAUGCGAGGCGCGUUGCGGGUACCGUAUGCAGGCUGAUAGAUGUUGUCGAUCCUAAAUAUUGUACGGCGCUAGAGACGGCAGCUGGAGGAAGACUGUACAACGUGGUGGUGGACACGGACGUGACGAGCAAGCUGCUGCUGCAGCGCGGGCGGCUGCAGACGCGCACGACCAUCAUCCCGCUCAACAGGAUCGCGCCGCACGCGCUCGACCCGCGCACCGUGCGCACCGCGCAGGACAUCGGAGGUGGUCCGGACAAAGUGCAGUUAGCACUGGACCUCAUUACCUUUGAGCCGCGUGUCCGGGCAGCCAUGAGCUGGGUGUUCGGCAACACGCUGGUGUGCUCGGACCUGGACACGGCCAAGCGCGUGACGUUCGACCCGCGCGUGCGGACUCGCUGCGUCACGCUCGACGGGGACGUGUUCGACCCGUCCGGGACACUGUCUGGUGGGGCGCGGGCUAAGGGUGGGUCACUAUUGGUGCAACUUGCGGAGUUGAAAGAACUUGAGAAGCAACUAGAGCAGUUGGAGGCCCAAUACGCGCAGUGCACGGCUGAGCUCAACUCGAUGCAGAGCGCUGGCGAGAAAUACGCGGCUAUGAAACAGAAGCUGGAGAUGUCCGAGCACGCGCUGGGCGUGUCCCGCGCCCGCGUGGCGGCCACCGCGCACGCGCAGCUGCACCAAGAGAUACAGACGCUUAGGGAACAGGUAACACAGCUAAGUAGUGCGUUGGAAGAAGACAAGAAAACGCAAACUGAAGCCGCGGCACGCGCUAAGGAAUUAGAGGCUAAAGUGAAAGAUAUUAAGGGACAUAGAGAGAGAGAGUUUAAAAAAGCGGAACUAGCGCUAAAGAAAGCGAAAGAAGAAGCAGAACAUCACAGCAGCACCUGGAAGCAGCGGGAGCAGGAGUUCGAGACGCUCCGCCUGGAGGUGCAGGAGCUGGAGGCGGCUGUGACCGGCUCGGAGAGACAGCUGCAGGACACUGAGGAGGCGGCUGGUGGACUGGCUGCUGCUUUGGAGACGGCGCAGAUGGAGCACAAGGAAGCUCUCGAUGCAGUCAAAGAACUGCAAAGCCGCAUAAAGAAGCAGAAAGCAGCAAUCGCCAGCCGAAACACGGAGGUGGCUAAGCUGCUGCAGAAGAAGGACAAGCUGCUGAAGAGCAAUAACGAGCUGGAGCUGAAGAUAAAGGAACUGGAGUAUAAGAUAAAGGAACUGCAGACGGAGGCUACGGACUGCGAGAAACGGAUUAAAGCGUUAGAGAACGAGCACCCGUGGAUAGCGUCGGAGCGGCAGUACUUCGGAGCAGCGGGCGGGCUGUACGACUGGGGCGCGCGGCCGCAUGACGUCACCGCGCAGCGCGUGGCGCAGCUGCGCGAGCGCCGCGACCGCCUCGCGCGCGGCCUCAACGCGCGCGCGCACACGCUGCUCGGCAGCGAGGAGCAGCAGUACCAGGACGUGCUGCGCAAGAAGCAGAUCGUGGAGGCGGACCGCGCCAAGCUGGUGGAGGUGAUGGGCGAGCUGGACGAGAAGAAGCGGCGCACGCUGGUGGCGGCGUGCGCGCAGGUCAACCGCGACUUCGCCUCCAUCUUCAGCACGCUGCUGCCCGGCGCGCAGGCGCAGCUGCGGCCCCCGCCCGGCCUCUCCGUGCUCGACGGGCUUGAGGUACGCGUGGGGUUCAACGGCACGUGGAAGGAGUCGCUGAGCGAGCUGAGCGGCGGGCAGCGCUCGCUGGUGGCGCUGUCGCUGGUGCUGGCCAUGCUGCUGUUCCACCCGGCGCCGCUCUACAUCCUGGACGAGGUGGACGCGGCGCUGGACCUGUCGCACACGCAGAACAUCGGCGCCAUGCUCAAGGACCACUUCCGACACUCGCAGUUCAUCAUAGUAUCACUAAAGGACGGCAUGUUCAACAACGCCAACGUGCUGUUCCGCACGCGCUUCGUGGACGGCAUGUCGGCUGUACAACGUACUGUUAAUACCAGAAGAUAAAUAAUUACAAAUUUGAAUUAACUUACAAAAUAUAUAAAAUGUUUUGAAGUGUUAAUGAACUUAAAUGAGAAAAUGUGCUUAAAUUAAGGUUACAAACGUGUAAAUAUAGUUGUUAUGUUAAGGUAUUAUAUAAGUCUCGUUUUAAAGCUUACGUAAAGCUUAUGGAAACUUUUUGCCUAAAAAAAUUAUUCUUUCAAACUGUAAUAGAUAUUGUAUUGUUAUGUUAAUUUCUAACUCUAAUUGGAGCUAUGUUUAGAAUUAUGAAUUUAAGUUUUUGUCAUAAAAGUGAUGUGAUUUGUGUUGAAUAAAAGGUUAUUAAAUUA